CCCCGACUUGCUCCUAAUCUCAAAGCCUACGGUAACCGUCCCACCAAGAUUCAAAUUCGGGGACCCAAAAUUUAUAUUUACCUUUAUCACUCUUCUCCUCGCAAUAUGAGCACAACCAACGGUCAAUCGCGCAGGCGCGCAGUCAGCGACUACUAUGGCGACUUCAUCACCAGCAAUGGUAAACCCUCGGCUAAAGUUCUCUGGCGACAUCCCGCUCCAAGCACAACCCCGAUGUCGCGAUUCAUGCAGGACAUAAACCAGAGAUAUGGGUUGCAAUUGGAUACAUACGACGACCUUCAUGCUUGGAGUGUCAAGAACAUUGCAAAGUUCUGGGGCAGAGCCUGGGCAUUCCUAGGUGUCAGGGCCAGCACUCAAGCAUCCUCGAUAAUCAAUGAGCGUGCCCCUAUGUUUCCUCGACCCGACUUCUUCAAAGGUGCUACCCUCAAUUUCGCUGAGAACCUUCUAUUCCCUACCCAAGAGGUCGACCCCGACAGCCCAGCUAUCAUCGCCGCGACCGAGAUCUCACGCGAGACCGUGACAUGGGAACAACUGCGUGAACAGGUCAAACAAUGCCAGACAGGACUGCUAUCACUGGGCGUAAAGGAGGGUGAUCGCAUAGCGGGAUAUGUUGCCAAUCACACAAAUGCUCUGGUUGCCAUGCUGGCUGCCACCAGCUUGGGUGCUAUUUGGACCGCUGUCAGUCCAGAUACUGGGGUUCAUGCUGUGCUAGAGCGUCUAAGACAGAUUGAGCCAAUUGUUCUCUUUGCAGACAAUGCAGCGUUCUACAAUGGUCGUGCGCAUCCGGUUGUGCCUAAGGUCACCGAGAUCGCUUCAGCUUUGCCUUCCCUGAAAGCGGUUGUCUUAUUCCCGACUGUUGCAUCGGUAUCUACUGAUGCUUCCUCCAUCGCUUUUACUUCAGGGAAGGCUUACGACUACCAUACAUUCACGACUUUACAAAAAUCGGGCCCUCUGACUUUCAAGCAGCUACCUGCUGAUCAUCCAGUCUAUAUUCUCUACUCUUCAGGCACCACCGGGAAACCGAAAUGUAUCGUUCAUGGCGCUAUUGGUACUUUGCUCCAACACAAGAAGGAACAUCAAUUGCACUGUUCAAUCACCCCUGAAUCUCGACUUUUCUACUUCACUACUUGCACAUGGAUGAUGUGGCAUUGGUUGGUAUCAGGACUAGCCUCCGGUGCCACUCUCGUUCUUUACGACGGUUCCCCUUUCCGCUAUGUUUCUUCCGCCGACCCCACCACGUCCGAGGCUGAUGAUCUUGCAAUGCAUCGACUCAUCGACGAAUUCGGUAUCACUCACUUCGGUACCAGUGCCAAGUAUCUAUCCGUCCUAGAGCAGAAAGACGUGUCCCCAAGCGCCGCUGGAUUAUCUUUGGAGACUCUGGAAGCAAUCUACUCGACGGGAUCCCCACUGGCCCCAUCAACUUUCUCCUACGUCUACAAGGCUUUCCCUUCCAAGAUAAACCUUGGCAGCAUUACAGGAGGAACAGAUAUCAUAUCGCUCUUCGGCGCUCCCAACCCACUUAUUCCUGUCUAUGAGGGAGAGAUCCAAGCUGCUGGUUUGGGCAUGGACAUCCGUGCGUUCGACUACACAGGACAGGACAUCACGGAAACCGGCGAGCCAGGCGAUUUGGUAUGCGCGAGGCCGUUUAUUUGUCAACCAGUUGCCUUCUGGGGAACCGAUGGAGAAGCCAAAUAUCGCAGCAGCUACUUCGAUAAAUUCACCGGGGUGCGAGACCAGCCGAUCUGGCACCACGGUGACUUCGUCCGUUUCGAUCCCGAAACCGGAGGCAUCUGGAUGCUUGGUCGCAGCGAUGGAAUUUUGAAGCCUUCUGGUGUCAGGUUCGGGUCGGCAGAAAUUUACAAUGUCCUCCUUGAGCACUUUGCCGAUGAAAUCUCUGAUGCUCUUUGCAUCGGGCGAAGGCGGGAAGAGGAUUCCGACGAGACAGUUUGUUUGUUUUUGAAAAUGGCGGAUGACCAGAAGUUUACCCCCGACCUCGUAAACCAAAUUAAGGUUGCUGUCAGGCAAGCUUUGAGCGCGAGGCAUGUUCCCGGAGUGAUAGACGAAUGUCCAGAAAUACCGGUCACAACAAAUGGAAAGAAGGUUGAAGGCGCCGUGAAGCAAAUUUUAUGCGGUUUGAAUGUCAAAACAUCAGCAAGCGUAGCGAAUGCAGAGUGUUUAGACUGGUACAGGGAAUGGGCCAAAACACAUUAAAGAUAUUGUCAUAAUGUUUUCUUAGGAUUAGUAGAAGUAAGAUAUACUUUUGGAUACUAAUAGAACAUAGAAAGGACGGAGGUUAUUAGACAAUCACAGAUACUCACGAAUGAACAAACAUUUCAACAAGCAAACCAAAGGUGAUUAGAUAUUGCGCCUCGCCCAUCAACAUCUUUCAAUCUGCCACAACUCAACUCCACCAUAACUGAAUUAUACCAUAAUUCAGCUCCACCAAGAAGCAACAUGAGCCAGUUCGUUCCGCAAGGAAAUUCCUUCUCCACCAUGCCACUGGCAGUCGAUCUGCUACAUGAUUAUCUCCUACGUCUCAUGGCAACCGAUGCCGAGCUGCAAUAUCCUCAAAAACGACAGCUUGCAAGUAAG